AUGACGUUCACAAUCAAAAAUGAAUUACCAGCUGUCAAUGUAGAGGACUUUGAUGGGGAAGCUGUGAAGUUCAGUCAGCAGGAUAUCUUCAAACAAAUCAACGCUCUCCUGGACAACACGCUCAAUCUGACCAACCUUUGUGGCAUGAAUAUUCCACCAGAACAAACGAAACAAGCAAUGCAAGGUGGGGUUCCGAUAACAUUACCCCAGUCUGCGCUCCAGGACAUUGGACAGACGGGCUACGAUACAAUGUAUAACACAGCAGCAUACCCAGGAUUUCAGCUUUUUUCUAUGCCUGCCUCCCAGAGCCACACCCAACAGCAGGCGUACACCUACCCCGGGGCAGUGAAGCAGGAUUACAACUACCCCAGCCAAAUAAAACAGGACUACACAACACCGUCCAAGUACUCCAGGGCCAUCAAGGGUGUGGAGGGGCGAUCACCGUGUACGCCUAACAGUGACUAUGGAACCCUCUCUCCAUCCAGCUCGCUGAACGAGUCUGCCCUUUCCCCCGUGGAAAAGAUGAUUUACUCGAGUCUUAUGAAUGGCGGCCGAACUGGCAGAAGUAUGUCUCCUAGUGAUUCCGACACAAGCGGCAUCAGCAGUGAAGGCUCGGAUAGUGCUCUAGUCGACAUGAUGAACUCCCUUAACAUGGGAUCAAGGAACGCAAAACCCCAGGUUCAUGACGUAGCCACACAACUCUUCAAUGCCCAGCAACAACAGGCUCAAGUGGCCGCACAGGCGCAGGCUCAGCAGCAGCAAAUCAUUCAGGCCACCAGCGCUAACGCAGCCAUGAACUCUAUGGCGAGUCAGCUCAUCCACUCCAACAGGGCUGGCGGCUAUUCCGUCAACCCCAUGCUCAUGGCCAAUGUUGAUCCAUAUGCUAUAGAUCGAGCCGCUCGUCUCCAUAGGAACGCUGCAGCCAUGUGUGAAGCCAGCUGUACCUGGAGUGGACAGCUGUGUCCACGUAACCACAAGAAUCCUACUUACUCGUGUAAAGUGUUCCUUGGAGGUGUUCCCUGGGACAUCACAGAAGCUGGACUUCAGUCAGCCUUCAACAAGUUUGGAAACUUUAAAAUUGAAUGGCCAGGGAAAGACGGGUAUGUGUACUUACUGUUCGAGUCCGAGAAGGCGAUCAGAUCAAUGUUACAGGACUGUACACAUGACUUCAGCAGUGGUGAUUACUACUACAAAAUCUCCAGUCGCAGAAUGAGAGCCAAGGAGGUGCAAGUGAUCCCUUGGAUCCAGGGGGACAGUAACUAUGUGCGUCAAGCUUCUCAGAGACUUGACUCCAACAAGACAAUAUUUGUCGGUGCCCUCCACGGUAUGAUGACUGCAGAAUCCCUGGCCAACAUAAUGAAUGACUUGUUUGGAAAUGUGGUCUAUGCUGGAAUAGACACAGACAAACAUAAAUACCCUAUAGGUAGUGGCCGUGUCACAUUCAGCAGCAAGAAGAGCUACAUGAAGGCCGUUGGAGCAGCAUUUGUCGAGAUAAAGACGCCCAAGUUUACAAAAAAGAUCCAGAUAGACCCCUACCUGGAGGACUCAAUGUGUAGUAUGUGUGGUGUCCAGCAGGGUCCAUAUUUCUGUCGCGAUAUGCAGUGCUUUAAAUACUUCUGUCGCACAUGCUGGUAUUGGCAGCAUGCUCUGGAUGCCCUACGACACCACAAACCUGUCACGCGUAACACCAAGACAACCAACCUGGCUGCUGCUGGGGCCCUCAGUAUGUAGGCUGGAUUCUGGACAACAGAUGGACAACCACGGACACGGAUAAUGGGAAAGCCCUCUUUUGGAACAAGUUCUUUCACAGGAUGAAAGAAUUUUUUUUUUUUUUUUUUUUUUUUUUGCUUUUUGAAGAAACUGGUGCUAUGUGGAUAUAUUAUGUGCCAAGAGAACAAAGUGCUGAGGAUAUUGUUGACUUCCGGUAUCAGAAUAAAAAUUAAACAUACAAACUAUGACAGCUGACUGAAGACGGCGCAUGACAGUGAAGAAAAAUUUGAAUUUGUUUAACCACAUUUAGGUUGGAGUACUCCGAUUUAAAUGUACUCCCACCAUGGAAAAGAUAUAUAUCUACAUGUAGGGGGGAUAACCUAUGCAAUUAUAUAUCUUGCAAGAAGUCGAAUUUGGGACCAGAGAAAUAUUUGUAUAGUGCUGUCUAUAUGGUUGUUUUGGAUUUGUAACACUUUGUUUAUGCAAUACCUUGUGAGAUUAAAGGUCUUUUUUUCAUACUUGAUGUCAGAUUGGUUGAUACUAAACACCAUAGCUUCAUAUUAAUUGUCCAGAUUUUUCUUGAUUUUUUUUCGUUUGUUUGUUUUUUAUUUGUGAUUGCUGUCAGUUUGGUAAAAAUACUUAACAUGUAAAAUAAAAUAAAAAAUAAGAAAUAACAGCAGCAAGGAUAUGACUUAUGUUUAAUUGGAUACAUUAUGCUAAGGGAAGAUAACUCUGGAUGAGAUAUCGAACACCUCAAACGUUUAUGUUAAAGACCAAUAACUGACUUUUCUUUGAAAUUAAAAAAUACUCGAGCACAGAAAUUAAACAAUGUUUGAAUAAAUAUCUGGAUAAAUUUGAUCUGCAAGAAAGAAAGAAAACAAUAUAUAUAUCGAGCUUAGGAAAGUAUUUAACUUGGGAUGAAGAGAUCAGAGUCUUGAAAGAAAGAAAUCAUAUAUAAUAUGUUAUUUGGAGGUAUUGGUUUCAAUUUUAAUUACUUAUUUUUCAAAAUGGUUGUAGUUUUCAACAUAUCACUUAUUUUUCUCAUUUCUUUAAAAAUUCUUAAAAAUACCAUUUAUUUUUAGUUUGCUUUGAAAAAGAAGAGAAAUCUUUUUAGGGUUUAGAUGUUUGGAUACAGAUGGACUCGGUCCUAUUGUACCUUGAUUACAGGGAAAUUUUGUCGGGUUUAUACACAAUUGUACAUUUUUAUUUGAUGGUAAUUUUUAUGGUUUGAUAAGUAUAGAUACCUGGAGUGCUGAAUGUUCUCUUUAAUGUACAAAGUGCUGAUGUUUUUGUUUAUCAAUGCAAAUAAUUUGCCUCGUUUUAUUUUCUUUACUUUCCAAUUUUGUGAACUUUUUUGAUAUUGAUGAAUUGGUGCCUGUACAAUGUGUUUGUAUUUACUAAUCCAUUUUCAUUUCAUUAUUUGAUUUGUGUAAAUGUGAAUUGUCUUUAACCUGUAUAUUUUGUGCUUCAAUUUAAUUUUCACUUAUUUUUCAAUUGACUUGUAAGCAUUCAUUAUACUUAUUUUUCCCCAUAAUUUGUA